AUGACGGAUGAUCUGCAAAGAAGGAGCGAAAAAGUUUCCGACGUCCUAUUACCCGUUGAAGAGAUGAACAAAGGACCCGUUGAUUACGCUCCUCGCCUGGCAAAGAUUUCAUCGCAGGAUCAGUUUGACUCAUUGACUGAGGCUAAAUCUACCUUUUACAGCGGUGAAAAACCACAUAAAGGAGACGUGGAGAUUGAUACACCACAUUCCACCAGAUCGUAUUGCUCCAGUAACAACAAAUAUUUGCCAAGUGUUUUCGCAAUAUGUGUUCGAGAUGUUAUACUAGACAUCUAG